AUGAGUUCGAACCAGUCUCGUCGCUCGGCAAAGAAAGUAGAGGAGAGAUGGUUCUUUAGUAAAAAUGAAAUCGAAGACACGCCCUCGGCAUCGGACGGGAUCGGCCACUACGACGAGCUGCGAUAUCGGCAGCACGCGGCCAACCUCAUUCAGGAGUGCGGAAAGCAGCUCAAACUCGCCCAGCUUCCCAUCAACACCGCCAUCGUUUUUAGCCAUCGCUUCUUCAUGGUCCAUUCUUUCAAGAAAUUCAACAAAUACGACGUUGCCGCGGCGGCACUGUUUCUAGCGUCGAAGGUGGAAGAAAGCCCAAGAAAAGUGGAGCAGGUGCUGAAGGUAAAGGAAGACUGGACGCGGAAAGGAGCAUCCUCGCCUGAGCCGCCCUUGGACCCGAACAGCGAAGAGUACCAGUGGAAGCUCAACCAACUCAUCGACCAUGAGCUGCUGAUGCUGCAAACGUUCGGCUUCGACGUGACGAUCGAUCACCCGCAUAAGCAUGUGAUCAAGGCGACACAGUUCAUGCGAGCGCCACGCGAACUGUCACACGUCGCCUACUUCAUGGCGACGAAUUCGCUCAAUUUGACGACGUUCUGCCUCGAGAUGCGGCCGGAAGUCGUCGCCGCUACCUGCAUCUACUUGAGCAUCAAAUGGAGCAAGUUCAAAAUGGACCGGAGCAGCGAAGGAAGGGAGUGGUGGAGCUACCUGGAUCCGACGCUGACCGAGGACGACCUUAUCCUUAAUGUGAAGAGAUAUAUCGAUGUUCUUAAGGAGCACCCCACAAGGCUGACAGAAAUCAAGCAACUCUGCCCCGGCACUGCCAUUGAGACUCACUCACUCAACAACUCCAACUUAAGCGCUAGCGAAACCUCCAGCAACGACCACAACUCCAGCCUUUCUCACAGAAGAAUAAGCAGCCACCAUCACAAUCAGUCUAGCAACUCGACGUCCCACAGCAACAAGAGGCCCUACUCUGCCGAAGACUCCGAAGGAUCAAAGAGGAUGAAGACCGAAUCCAGAGUUAAAGAAGAACCCAAACCGACCCUACCGCCAGUUCGCCUUCCUGGCUCGUGUUCGCGAGAUCGUAUGCGCGAGAUCGAAUCGCGUCUCCAAGUUCCCGAAAGCGGGAACUCUAGCUCUUCGAAAAUGCCCAGCAGCGCGCACAAAUCAAAUUCUUCUAACUCUGCUUCAUCCAACUCUGGCCGACCUGGAUCCUAUUUACCUAGACUAACUGCUGAUGAGAGAUUCGUUAAAGAGUGCCUUAGACAAAAAGAACUUUGGGCAAAACUGAGCGACGAAGAGAAAGAGUAUUGUAAAUCAUGGAAAGUUAAAGAGAAAAAAAGAAAAGAACAUGAGAAGAUCCGCGAGUCGAGGGCAAGGCAGUCUGCUUCAGCACAAUCCUCAAUAAAUUCUUCAAACGCCCCUAUCCGUGCGCCUCCAGACCUGUCGGAAUCUCACCGAGCGGUGGACCAGAUCGCAAACGAGUUACUAAUGUAA